CAUGGCCUUUUACAGAGAGAAGAUUGUGCUGAACCCAAGCCCCGACUUUCCUCUCUACGUCAUUGCUGCCCGUUACUCGCUCGGCUCUAGCACAUCCUCGUCACCCGAUGCAUACACUCUGAUCUGUACGCAUGCAAUUGGGUCUCACAAAGAGUCAUGGGAGGCGACAGCACGCAACUUGUUGAGGAACAGACACUCCUCUGAGCCUCGCAUUUGGGACAUAUACUCAAUCGAGUGUCCGAACCAUGGUGAAUCGGCGUUGUACAACGCGAAGCAGUUGCAAGACGCCAAGGAGCCAGGGAGCAUCCGGGUGUAUACGCAAGCAAUUCAUAGAUUUCUUACCGCUGGGCCAUUGGAAGGAGCGAAGGUCGACUUUUCGAAGCGGAGACUAGUUGCUGUCGGACAUUGUCUAGGUGCUAUUGCUUGCUCUUUCCUACAUGAGAUUAAACCUCAGAUCCGAUUCCAGACACUCAUUGCCUUUGAACCAAAUUUCUCUUCAGGUCCAGACGAUGAAGACUAUCUAACCCAUUUCAAAAAGUUCGCCACUCUCAUAUGGUUUCAGCGUAAUGUCUGGCCGAGUCGCAAGGCUGCAUCGAGAGAUCUAUCCAAAACCCCCCCGUUCCGCAGCUGGGACACGAGGAUGUUGGAUCUUUUUGUGGAACACGCUAUGUGUGACCACCCAGCAUCCAAAUUCCAAGAACCACACAAAUUCUCUGGCGUGCAAAUCAUGACGCCGAAGGAGCAGGAGGCGGCAACCUAUCGAAGUCCAGAGUUUAUCCAAGAGCCUCGGAGAGCUUUUACAACAACGGCGUUGCAGUAUCCCCUUCACUUGAUCUGGGGAUCACUAGAGGACGUUUGCCCAAGUCGCGUGAAGGACUACGUUACGAAUAACGUGCCAUCUGCAUCUGUGGAGAUCGUUCAUGGUGUCGGUCAUCUGAUCGUUCAACAAGCACCAGACUUAGUGGCUGAGAAGAUUCGAGAACGCUUGGACCCACCUAGAGUCAUGAAGGCAGCGCUAUA